CCACUGUUUGUAAUAAAUAUGGCAGUUUAAUACAAAAUGGCGUCAUUAAGAUUUUAUAACCUAUAAGUGAUUAACUUGAAUUAUCAACAUUUUUCAGAUAUUAUAUAUGUGAUUUAUCAUCAUUUUUCUACUUAUAUUCUAUUAUUAAUAAGUAAAGGAAGAUGACACCAUGAAAUUGAAAAUAAGCUUGAACAAUUAUUGUCGACUUUGCGCCAUAGGAAAAGGAGGAAAUGGCCAGCUUUUGGAUUGUGAAGAAGUUCUAUUUGAUGAAAAAUCAUCAAAAACCACAAUCAAAGAUCUGGUUAAAAUGUAUUUACCAGAUUUACUUAGAGACAGAGAAGAAAUGCUCCUUCCAAGGAAGAUCUGCAUUGGUUGUGUGAAAGCGAUUCUCAACUGGGCAGAUUUUUUCCAAAGAAGUUUGAACUCGCACAACUAUUUCAUGAAAUUGCUAAGUAGAGACUUUGAAAUACCAAAAGAUAAUUCUGAACUGGUUAAUUUCAUCAGAACAACCAAAGAAGAGUUCUCAUUGACCUUGGUAAGGUCCAUUUCAAGACUAUCACCUCAAGGCAGAGUACUCUUGCAAUGCGGUGCACCAACUAUAAAUACUUCAUCCAAAAAAGCACCACCUUCGACAAAUACUUCAUCCAAAAAAGCAACAACUGUAAUUGAUUCUCCACCCAAUAAAGCCUUAAACUUAUUGUACCGUUCAUGUGAUAAGGCAUCAUUGAACAAUGAAGUAUCACCGGUUAAAAAAGGAGAAUCAAUUUUAAGAAAGCCCACUAGUGAGCUGAAAGCAGUUGAUAGGUUAUCUGUUGAACAAGACUCAGCUGAUCCCACAAAUACUUCAUCCAAAAAAACAGUAUUUGAUGGUUCAUCUGAUAAGGUAUCAGCAGACAAUAACAUAUCACCAUUUAAAAGAGGAAAAUCAAUUUUAAAAAAGCAUACUAGUGAGCUGAAUGCAGUUGAUACAUUGUCUGCUGAACAAGAGUCAGUUGAUUCCACGUCACUACCUGCCAAACGUAAACCACCCAGACGAAAGCGGAUCGUUCCUAAGAAAAGAAAUAGGUCUAUGAAGAAAAGAAAAGAAAUAUGUAAUUGUGUGAUGUGCUCAAUCAAUCAAUCAGCAGAAACAGACAAAUGUGAUGGAACUCCUAAACAACAAUGUGUGUUCAAAAAGGAUUCAACGCCCAGCCAUGAUAUUGGUCAUCCGAAACCAUUUCUUGAUGCUAUUCGUAGUUGGAACAUCUCUCCAAUCAACAGUUCAAUUUGUUCGCCUUCAAUUAUGUUGUACCAGGAAGUUAUUGGUGCCAACGAUCCAAUUGAAAGUGACAAUCAAUUGGAUGUAGAUAAUCUUGUCGACGGAAGCACCGACUGGGUGUACCGUUUGGAGCACAGUGAGAUGGCCUUUGUUUUAGAAUCAUAUAAUUUGGACAGUAGAGGAAAUUAUUUCACAUUACGAAAUAGACUCCUCAACCACUUGAAGCGAUUUGAAGGAGGUGAAAAGCAGAUUCCCAUCCCUGAUGCUCAGAAAUCCAACGUACAAUGUGAUGAUGAUGAUGAUGAUGAUGAUGAUGAUGAUGAUGACGAUUUAGAGCAUGUAAUGGAAGUACUCCCAGAUGCUGAUUCUGAUCCAAUAGCGCAAGAUCAUCCUUAUUCCAAGGAAGCACCUCCUGGCUAUUUUAGACUGGAGGACCAAUUGUUCGAGCCAAGAGGUAGUGGUCCAAUAAAUAUGGAGUUUUUCAUCGGAAUGUCGAAUUUUUGGACCGAAGACUCAAUUCGUAAGAUGAGGACAUCUGAAAUAUUAAACAUUCUAGAGAUUUGCAACAUAGAAAGUACUCCUAGAUUCGUCUCCUUGAAUGAGUUGAAAAAUCGGCUCGUAAGAUAUCUGAACUACAUCAGGGCACAACCCACACCUGUGGCUAGAGGUUCAACUGAUUAUGCAGACCGAACCCUGUUGGAUGGAUCCUUUGCUCCGUCUCUUGAAAAUUCCAAUCGCGAGGGCUAUCCUAGUGACCAGUCUGAUGAAAGUCCAUUCAGGGGCUUUGAAUCGACUUCUGCCACCAUCGAUGUAGCAGGUAACACCAGUGAGCAAUCCUCGGAGAGUCCGUUCAAGGGCUUUGAAUACAUCUAUGCUAGACUGGACUCAUCAGCGGACUCCAGUGUCCAAUCUGACAGCCCGUUCAAGGGCUUUCAAUCUAGAUUAGACACAUCAGUGAAUACCGGUGACGAUAAUCCAUGCAGAGACAUUGCCAAUCUAGUGAGAAACGAGGCGAGUGGUUCUUGCAUCGAAGCUGAUCCACCAGUGACUAUCAAAACAGAGGUGACAUCGGAUAAUGAGGAAAGUGGGUAUCACAAUAUGGAACUGAAUAUCAAGGAAGAAUGUAUCUCUGAUACGCCUUACUCACCUCUACAAGGUGAAUCCGCCCUGUGGAUGAGCGAUGACAUUCCACACUAUCCAGUCAAUCAGUAUCCCCCAAACAUGAAUCAGAGCAUACAUUAUGAGUUGACUGAUUAUUUCAGAACUCACCAUAUAACUGCCGACAUAAACAGGUUCAAAUGCUGGGUAGCUUUGGAGAAACUGCAUCCAGCAAUUAUCUCUUUCUAUUGCUCUCCUAACUUUGAUUACUCUUCUUCCUCUUCAUCUUCCUCUUCCUCUUGUUGUUCUUCUUCAUGCCACUCUUCUUGUUCUUCUUCGUGUGACUCUUCUUCUAGCUCGACUUUAUCUUGUCCAUCUAUAUGCCUUUCUCCUGUGCCUACCCCUAGCUCUCCUUAUAACACAACACCUCCAGAGCUACAUAAGAUUAGCAUUAAACGAUUUGAAGAUCUCUGUUGAAGGGCUUGUACUUCUUGUACAAGUAUCGUAAGAAAUUAAAUAAAAAUCAUGUAUUCGUUUUAUUAAUUCACAGUAUGUCUCGACUCAUUAGAGCCAGUUUCAAACAAAACAUUUAUUUUGUAAUAUUACAAAUUUUUACUGGACAAAAUUGGUAGUACGGCAAUUUGCUAUUUUCAAACAAAAAUUACUUUUAUGAGACGAAACGUUUCAUUUAGUUAGUUAUUGGAUGAAGCAAACAAAUGCAAUUUUCAGAAAAGAAAAAAUAGGUUAUUGCCCGAAACUCCUUCCAUUUCUUAAUUUUGUCUCAAAUCCUCCAAAUAUGAUGUAGCUUGUGUCCAUAUUAAUUCCUACACCCGACCAUUAAAUUAAUUAAUUUACAUUACAAAUAAGAAUUAAUCAAAUAUAUAAAACCAUUUUCCAGUGUAAAAAUUAUGUGGGAUAUUUAUGUCAGAAUUAAUUAAUAAAAUACUUAUAUAAAACCACUUCAAAGUUCAAAUAUUAUGUAAGUUAUUUACGUCAAAAUUAAUUUUCACACCAGAUCAUCAAUCUUUAAAUUACAAAUAAGAAAUAAUACAAUAUAAAUAUAUAUAGAACCAUUUUUAAGUGCAAAUCAUUUUUCUCAUGAGUCUGAACAUUUUGUGAAUCAAAAAGGGUACUUGAUGAUUUUUAUUUCAUUUCAAUAAUGCUAGUAGCUCUAUAAAGGAAACAUGACGUACCUUAAGAAAAGUUAACGCUCAUAUAAUUAUGAUAAGAUUAUUAAUCAUUGACAUUAUCAAUAGAAAAUGUGUUGCCAGUCUAUUUUAAAACGUAAUGGUGUUGAGCUUUAAUGAUGGCAUAGGCCUAAUUUUGAAUAACGUUUAUACAGUACGUUUUCAUUGAGGAUGUGUUAUCAGUCUAUUUCAAAUCUUAACGGUGAUAGGUUCUAAUGAUAACAAAGUUUGAAUGUGUUUAUACAGUACAAUUUUGGUAUUAGAACAAAAAAUGCCAGAUUUAUAAUGAUGUAAUCUCAAAUUGAGGAGUUUGUUGGAAGAAGGGCCCAUGUGCUAAAACCACGUUUUGAGGAAAAUGCUGUCAAAGAUGAGCCUAUUCACGCUCAAACGCUUGACACUGUCUUCUUAAAAUCGUUGUCGCAUCGUUCAGAAAAAACAUAGAGGUAUGAAAACUUGUAGACAUAUAGAGAAAAUAGCGGCGAAUCCUCAAGCACUUUGACGGAAAAAGGGCCUGAAGUUCUUAGUGCCCUUUAUCCAUCUAACUCCUCAAUUGCACUUUUCAAUUUAAAUUGAAUUGUGUAAAAAACAAACUAGUCAAGUGUACAUAAAAUAAAGAAGCACAUGUAUUGAUGUAAGUAGCCUAGUUAUAGCACUGAAAAACAUGCAAUAUUAUUAUUGCAUAGAAACUGCAAGUUGUCAAGUAAUUUUCUCCCUGUUAUAGGUGUUAUAUUUUUUUUAUAUCAUACUUUUUUUAGUAAAUAAAAGAAAGUAAGAAAGUAUAAUUUUUUCAAUGUCAACUUUCUUUGAAUUUUCUUAUAUAUCAAUUCAAUUUCAUUCUCACAAUAAUUUACAAAUAAUACACUACAGUUACAGUACAUUUAUAUAUUAUACCCUUACGUUGUGAGGGAGGGACUCACAUGUAUGCUUAAUAAGCCUGUGUUUGUGAGGGCCUGGCGUAAUUCGUUGAUAAUCAGCCACUUGUGGAACAGAAAACAUUUUUUCCUAAUAUGUGUAGUAGAUGGAGUAAUUUUUCAACAAUUUCAAUCUAAAAUUCUAAAUGAAGUGUACAAUUAACGGGUGUUUUACGACGUAACCCUUAGUUGAAGACAAAUUUUAUUGUACCACAUACAUGACAUUUUUAUGACAGCAGUAGUUGAUGACACCCUAGCUUGUGAUGCUAACUUUAUUAGCGAGUCUUUUUAGGUGACUGCAACAAAGUUAACGAUUGUCUGAAAUGAAACAUGAAAGUUUAAGGACCAGCAAUUCAUGUUUGUUUUCGUAUUACAACUUCAUGUAUCUUCUUGAAGUUUGGGUUGCGUCGUUUGUAAAAUACCCAUUAAUUGGAAAUGGAAGUCGAAUUUUUCAUUUCUGUAGCAACCAUUCAUUCAGUGGAAUUGAGGUUGAAAUUCAAAUUAAUUGAUUUUUUUACAAAAAUAUUUUUAGUAGAAGAAAGCUUUUGACUAAUUUGUCAAUACGAUGCAUCACAUCGAUGUAAAUAAUUUGAGAGAAUAAUGAGUGACUGAUAAUGUAAUUUAUCUUAGUAUUUAAUACAAUUUAAAUUACUUUGUUUCAUUUUCAUGUUAAAUCUUUAACAGAAGAUAGACUAAUUUAUUGAAUACGGUUAAUUCAUAAUUUUAUAAGAAAAUGGAUUGUUAAAUUAAGUUCAUACUUAAGCUACUAUUACAAUGAAACAAUUACUUUGUUUCAUUUUCAUGUUGAAUCUUUAACAUAUAUUAUAGACUAAUUGAAUACGGUUAUUAUUCAUUCAUGAUGUUAUGAGAAAAUGGAUUGUUAUAUUCAGUUCAUACUCAAUCUUUAACAUGUCUUUAAACAUUUGUUGAUUUUUUCAAUCCAGUUUGUUGAGUUAAUAAUUAUGAUAUAUAAUAAUUUGUUGAGUUAAUAUGAUUUAUAAUUAAUAAAUGUAAUUAAUAUUAUUUUACUAUUAUUGUAGUGUAGUCAACCAGACUACGAAUUAAACAAAGUUUAUUUAAUAAUUGACUGGCUAUAGUCAGAAUCCUGCUAUAGUACGAGAUGAUCAGCUGAAUACAAUCUGGGUUGCUUCACAUCUGUUCAAAUACCUACUUUUGUCAAGAAAAUCCUUUUACUUAACAAUGGUAUUAUUUGUUGAAAUCAACUGUGCACAGAAAUGUGAAUCAACCUUUAGUUAGUUCUUUUACCUUGAUAAUCCAACCUACAACAAGAGAAUAAUUGUUCAAUCUUCUCCAUUGUUUGAUAGAAUACACUAUACAAAUUAAUUGAACCAGGCAUUUAAAUAAAAUAGGUUAAGCUUGAACUUUGAGCCGGCCAAAUAUCGGCGUUACCAGAUUGUUUUAAUGAAGACUUUCUCAUGCAAGCUUAUGUGACUGAUCAAUGUGACAACGCUGUAUCGGCUGUGUUGUCACAUUGAAUAAUAUUCAGUCACAUGCACAUGGGCUCUAGCAUGAGAAAGUCGUCAUUUCACAAAAUCUGGCAACGCCGAUAGUUUGGUGGGCUAAAAACUCAAGUCUUACCUUAUUUAAUUCAGGCUACAAUUUGUAGCUAUUGAUUCUGUAGAUUUUCUCUUUUCUACUUAUAUUAUUUAUUUCUUCAAUCACGUAGAAUUAUCUUAUAUGAGAAUUAAUACACAUUAUAACUUGAAUAAAUAGCAUUUCAAUAUGUAAGACAUAUUUAAUAGUUCUCUGUUUAUGGUUUUGAAUACCUAUUUUCAAGCUGAACUAUUUUGCUUUCAACCUGGUAAGGCAAUAAAACUUUAAUUUGAAAAUUAUCUCAAGUUGUAUUUGAAAUUAUGGAAGAUGUGUUCAUAAAUUGUAAAAGCAUAUAAAUAUUGUUAUAUACCCUAUUAUUUUCAUUUAUUUAUACAAUUAUGUACAAGUACCAUACAUAUCUGUUCUCUACUUGAUUUAAAUGUAAUUUAGAAUCGAAAUACUUUUUUUGCGAAAAUUGCAACAUGUUUCGUGCUGGUAUUGCACAUUGUCCAAUAUGUAAAUGUUUGUACCGUUAUAGUAAAAUAAUGAAAUCUUUCUUUUUCAUAUUUCUGAGUUCAUUCAUUAAUGUACUCAGUUAACUCCCAUUACAUUAUAUAAUAAAUCAAGGAUAAAAAUCGAGAAAUGUCUUCUGGCUGAGAAUUACAACUUCGAUAAAAUAAUUGAAUAAUUAUUGUCAUAUAGAAGUUGUAACAAUUAUAGUUUGGGUUGAGAGGUAUCAGAAUAAUCAUUUUCAGUAACAAAAGUUUAUUCAAAUAUGGAUAUAAAUAGAAAUAUUUCUUCUCAAUAAAUGCUUGUAAAACUUCAAAAAGACAAUAAAUUUAAAAUUAAUUCUACAACCUUUAUUUAAAGCAUAACACUAUUUUAGACUAUAUAAUAUUUAAAGCUUACAGCAGUAUGGAUUAAGGGAUUGAACGAUUAAGAGAUUAGAAGACUAGAAGUGUUGAAGACAGAAGGUCGGAACUAAAAUAAUAAAUAUUGAAGACUUGAGAAUGUCAAAAAAAAAA